AUGGGUGGUCGCCCCGUCCAGUUCCGGCGACGACAUCUACUGCUCUUUGCUGAUUCUACGAGAUUUGAAGCCUUCGCCUGCAAGCUGAUCCAGCCGCCGUUCUGCAGCAGCAAGAUCAUCUCGCCACCUCCGCUCUCUGCAAAGCACCACCCUUUCCCGAAGCGCCAGGGACCCCGAUUAGCCCAGUCAGAGGCCGAGCUGAUAGCCCACAGAUCCUCCCUCCUUAACCACUUAGAGUGCUUGGGACUCAGGGUCAAUUACGCCAAAAGCCAACGAAUCUCAUUUCAGGGGGCUGUCUUCAACUCAACCAAAAUGAGAGCUGUAGCCUCGCCUGAACGUGUCCUGGCUAUACAGCGGCUGACGACCGCCUUCACGAUUGGCACGUCCCUUCCUCUCAGAAUGUUUCAGAGGAUGCUGGGCCUUAUGGCCUCUGCAUCUCCAGUACUGCAGUUAGGCCUCCUUCGCAUGCGGCCUCUUCAACACUGGCUAAAACCCCUGGUUUCAUCCCGAGCUUGGCAUCACGGACGCCUUCGUAUCAAGGUGGAUCAAGCCUGCAUUGCAGCCCUUGCCCCUUGGAAGGACCCUUCAUGCUUCAAACAGGGCAUACCCCUGGGGAUGAUGCACAAAAGGCAGGUCAUCUUCACAGAUGCGUCAAACAUGGGCUGGGGAGCCCUGUGCGACGGCAGACCAGCCUUUGGCGCGUGGUCGAGCGAAGAGACAAAGCUGCACAUCAACUGCCAGGAAAUGCUGGCAGCUGUGGAGACUAACCUGGCCUCUAAAGACAGUCACUGGGUGUUUGUGAAUGAGGAGAUCAGUGAUACUGAGAUUAUGGAGCUGGCCCACAGUUCCUUGGGAAGGAUGACCGUCGUCAGGCAGAUUUUCCCUCUUUGGAAGGAUAGCAGUGUGAGCUGUAUGAGGAACAACCACCGUAUCUCCUCACUGCUCUGCGACCCUCAGGAGGGCUAUCUGCAGUCGCUGGAGGUGUCCAAUUUGUACCUUUAUGACAGCGUGUUGAUGCUGGCCAAUGCAUUCUAUCGGAAAUUAGAAGAUCGGAAGUGGCACAGUAUGGCCAGCCUCAACUGCAUCAGGAAGUCAACCAAGCCCUGGAACGGAGGCUGGUCCAUGCUGGAGACGAUCCAAAAGGGCCGUAUAACUGGUCUCACCGGAAUUAUGGACUUCAUGGACAAUGGAUCAAAUUCCCAUGUUCAGUUUGAGAUUUUGGGGACCAGCUUCAGUGAGACGUUUGGAAAAGACAUAAAGCGAUUAGCUACAUGGGAUUCUGUCCAUGGCCUAAAUGGAAGUCUAAAGGAGAGCCGCAUCGAGAAUGGCAUGCAAGGGGUUACCGUUAAAGUUGUCACUUUGUUGGAGGAUCCAUUUGUGAUGGUGGCAGAGAACAUCCUCGGACAGCCCAAAAGAUAUAAAGGGUUCUCAAUUGAUGUCCUGGAUGCCUUGGCCAAGAUCCUAGGAUUCAAGUACGAUAUCUACCAGGUGGCAGACAGCAAAUAUGGCUCUCAGAUACCCAAUGGCUCUUGGAAUGGCAUGAUUGGGGAACUCAUAAACAAGAGAGCUGAUUUGGCAGUGUCUGCCAUAACUAUAACACCAGAGCGAGAGAACGUAGUGGACUUCAGCAAACGCUACAUGGACUACUCUGUUGGGAUCCUACAUCGCAAACCCGAGGAAAAGAUCAACAUUUUUUCCUUGUUUGCCCCUUUUGACUUGGCUGUGUGGGCCUGUAUCGCAGCUGCCAUUCCUGUGGUGGGCGUUCUGAUCUUCCUGUUGACACGGAUGCAGAUGCUCCGCUCCCAGAAUCCUCCAGGAGCCCAUCACACUUCAUCCAUGUCUAACUCAUUGCAUAGUGCUAUAUGGAUUGUCUAUGGAGCCUUUGUACAACAAGGUGGAGAUUCAGUGGUGGGGUCUGUGGCAUUGAGGAUAGUCAUGGGCAGUUGGUGGUUGUUCACAUUGAUUGUGUGUUCGUCUUACACUGCUAACCUGGCUGCGUUCCUAACUGUGUCCCGCAUGGACAACACUAUAAGAACGUUUCAGGAUCUUGCUAGACAGAUGGACUAUUCCUACGGCACUGUUAGGGACUCAGCAGUGUACGAUUACUUCAGAGCCAAAGGUACAAACCCGCUGGAGCAGGACAGCACGUAUGCAGAGCUGUGGAGGACAAUCAGCAAAAACAAUGGACAGGAAUUCUCCGUUUCUAGCCCUUCUGAAGGCAUACGCAAGGCCAAAAAAGGACCUUAUGCAUUUUUGUGGGACAUGGCCGUGGUGGAGUAUGCAGCACUGACGGAUGACGACUGCACCAUCACUGUAGCUGGCAACAGCAUGAGCAGCAAAGGAUACGGCAUCGCCAUGCAGCAUGGGAGUCCUUACCGAGACCUCAUCUCCCAAAAGAUUCUGGAGUUGCAGGAGAAAGGAGACCUGGAUGUCUUGAAACAGAAGUGGUGGCCUCGGACUGGCCGCUGUGACCUCAACAGCCACAGUAAUGCCCAACCCGAUGGUCGGUCGCUCAAGCUGCAUAGCUUCGCCGGCGUUUUCUGCAUCCUAGCAGCAGGGCUCCUGUUGGCCUGUCUGGUGGCCGCCCUGGAAAUUUGGUGGAACAGCAAUCGCUGCCGGCAAGAGCAGCCCAAAGAGGACAAGGAGGUGAACCUGGAACAGGUGCAUCGGCGUAUGAACAGUCUUAUGGACGAGGACAUGGCACACAAGCAGAUCACCGCACCAUCUAUCGAGAUCUCUGCCCUGGACAUCGGCAGCAUGCCGCCCAGCCAGCAGCGGGAGGCUGUGCGAGACUACCCGGGCACGGGUCUGUCUGUGAGCACCUUCCUCCCGGAGCAAGCUCAUGGGGUGGGCCGGACACUGGUCCAAGGUCCUGGCAGCACCCUACCCCUUCCUCUCAGCAGCUCCACCAUGCCCUCCAUCCAAUGCAAACACAGGGCUCCCAACGGGGGCCUGUUCCGACAGAGUCCCGCCAAGACGCCCAUGCCAAUGUCCUACCAGUCAGUACCAGGAGGACCCAUCCCAGAAGCUAUUGAGCACAGUACAUCCAUCUAAGGCCAUCGUCACCAUGGACUGCCUCACACUUGCUUUUCAAAGGAAGAAAGCAGAGGUGCAGUUGGAGCUU